AUGGCAUGCAGUUCAAUUGUUAGACAAAAUAUAAAUGUUAGACCUAUAAAAUUUGAUUGGAGUAUAAAAGGCUAUCAUGUUUUUCGUUUGCGGCCACAUGUUGAGAUUCCAUUGAAUGUUGAAUUGGAGGUUAACAAUCCAUAUGAUCCACAUGCAAUGAAGGUGUCAGUUCCAACACUGCAGCACAUCCCUCAGCAUCUUCAUGAUUCUGUAACAAAAGAUGGUAAUCCACCACAAAAUAUUUGCUGCUUUUCUGCCAACAUGGCCAAGCACAUGACAUUGGGCUUUAAUGAUACAUUAUGUAAUACCUUCAGUAGUCCCGGUUUCUUUAUAUUCAGUAGAUUAUUCAUUAUGUUCAGUAAACAAGUAGGGAGAGUACCAGCAAAUCUGUGUAAGGCCUUUCAUCUGUUGACAACAAGGGGUUAUGUUGAAAAUAUAACAUGUAGAUACACUGGGGAAGCAACUGUGUCAACAAGACGACUCUCCCACCAGCAAUUUAGACGCAGAAGAGGCAACGAAAUACAUGACCAAACAGGAGGGGGAGCAGAUUUAAAAUGCCACUAUGUUAUUCAGAUAAAGAAGGAAUAUUUUGAACAUGCCAUGCACAUUAUUGAAGAAUGUGUGACUCAUGAAGACUUACAACAAAGACUAUUAAACGUCACGCAAGCUGUUCCUACAACCCCUACGAUUUGA